UCUUUCUCAGUUUAUUAGUUGACUUCAGAUGAGAUCCCCAAGUUGUGAGGUUCAACCUCUGGGUUAAGAGGCAUUGAUUUUAGUUGUUGAAUUAAAAAUGGAGAAGUACCAAAUUAUUAAGGAUUUGGGAGCUGGAAGUUUUGGUGUUGCAAAACUUUGUCGGCAUGAAGAGACCAAAGAGCUUGUAGCCAUCAAGUUCAUAGAACGUGGUCCGCAGGUCGAUGAGAAUGUGGAAAGAGAGAUUAUAAACCAUCGAUCCCUUCGACAUCCAAAUGUCAUUCGUUUCAAGGAGGUCAUUUUAACCACGACCCACUUGGGUAUGGUGAUGGAAUAUGCUGCUGGGGGAGAACUUUUCGAAAGAAUUUACUGUGGUGGUCGUUUUUCAGAAGAUGAGGCGAGAUAUUUCUUCCAGCAGCUGAUUUGUGGAGUCCAUUAUUUUCAUUCAUUGCAAAUAUGUCAUAGAGAUUUAAAACUAGACAAUAUCCUUUUAGAUGGAUCUAUAGCCCCACGCUUGAAGAUCUGUGAUUUUGGUUUCUCCAAGUCAUCCAUGUUGUAUUCAAUACCACAUAUAAAUGUUGGUUCAACAACAUACGCAGCACCAGAUGAUGUACCAAAAGAGCAACAUAAUGGAAAAUUAUACCCGUUGCAUUCAACGCCAAAGACAGCCGUUGGUUCUCCAACAUAUUCAGCACCAGAGGUUCUAGUUGGAGGACAAUAUGAUGGAAAGGUUGCAGAUGUAUGGUCAUGUGGAGUUGCUCUCUAUAUUAUGUUGGUUGGUGCAUACCCUUUUGACGACCCCAAUGAUUCUAAAAACUUCCAAAAAACUAUUAAGCGAAUAAUGGCUGUACAGUAUAAAAUUCCAGAUUAUGCUCGUUUAUCUCAAGAUUGUCGACAACUACUCGCUCGCAUCUUUGUUCGUAAUUUCUCUAAGAGAAUUUCGCUGAAAGAGAUUAGGUGUCAUCCAUGGUUCUUAAAGAACUUGCCAAGGGAACUGACAGAAACAGGCCAAGCCUUCUAUUACAAGUCGGGAAAUCCAGCCUUCUCUAGACAGAGUGUGGAAGAAAUCAUGAAGAUCGUGGGUGAGGCGAGAAAGCCACUAUCCCCAUCAUCGACAACCAUCGAAGAAGAAGAAGAGGAAGAAGAGGAAGAGGAGGAAGAGGAAGAGGAAGAGGAAGAGGAAGAGGAAGAGGAAGAGGAAGAGGAAGACGAAGAGGAGGAGGAAGAAGUUGAACUUGAUAUAGAUGGGGUUGUCAAAGGAAGAAAUCACAAAAACUGUGUUGCAGAGGCUACAUUGUUGGAGACUUCGAGCUUGCUAUGUCAAGAGAAAAAUUUCAAAACUCUUAGAACUUAA